AUGGAUUUUUGCUUAAAAGACAACAACUAUUUGCAGUUUAAGGACAUUAUCUACAAACAAAUUUUUGGAAUGCCAAUGGGUAACCCUCUUUCGCCCACUAUUGCUGAUUUGGUAAUGGACCAUUUACUUGACGAAUGCUUAACUGGAUGUAAUGCAAAGCCAAAUUUUAUAGUGAAAUAUGUUGAUGACAUAUUUGCGGUUAUGGACAAAUAUAAAGUCGCAGACUUAUUAUUGAUCCUGAACGGAUUCCACUCCAAACUACAGUUCACUGUUGAAAACGAAAAUAACAGUUCUAUAUCGUUCCUUGAUGUCAAAAUCCACCGUAUGGACACUCAAUUGUCGUUUGAUUGGUUUCAAAAACCAACAGCAUCAGGACGUCUGAUCAACUUCCGUUCCAACCAAGCCAAACACAUAAUCUUCAACACAGCUUCCAAUUUAAUUAACAAAGUUUUUACGUUAAGUGACGAAAGAUUCCACCAUUCUAAUAUAAUCAAAGUGACCAAAAUUUUAAGCGACAACGGUUUCCCGCCAGCAAUUAUUCGUGGCUUAAUUUUACAACAACAAUGCAGACGCGCUAAACAACAAAGUGAGGAUAACAACAAAGGAUACUUCAAAAGCAUUGUUUACGUUCCAAAACUGGCUGAGAGUUUUAAGCAAGUUGUCACCAAAAACAUCCAAGAUGUCCGAUUGGCUUUUAAAUCUAACCAGACAAUUAGACAUCUUUUCACCAAACUAAAGACCAAAAUAGACAGAGAUAAACGCACUGAUGUGAUUUAUAAAAUAAACUGCAAAGGUAAACCUGACGAAACAUGUAACCUUUGCUACAUCGGAACCACCAAACAAUUCUUGCGCCAAAGAUUGUCCAACCACAAAUCUGACAUCAAAAACAAUAACCUGGCUAAAACCGCAUUGGCGGCCCAUUCAAUAGACAAAGGUCAUUUUCCGGAUUUCGAUGGUGUUAAAGUUCUUCAAACGGAAAAACAUACUUCUAAGCGAUAUACACUCGAAACGCUCCAUAUCCUGAACAACAAAAACAAUAUGAAUCGCAAGCAAGACACACAGUGUAUAUCAUCUAUUCCAUCUGAUCUCGAUUCUGAAAUCGGAGAUGUUGAUGGUGAUGACCAAGCUGAGUGUAUGUGUCUUGGUAAUGAAAAUGAAGAAGAUUCUUCGAGCCUUGCGAAUGUGUCUGAAUCAGAUUGGGAUUCUGAGAAUGAAGUUCUACUUAGUGAAAUAGAAGCUAAGAAAAUUAAGAAUAAUACUGUGUGGACUAAAAAAACAGAUUCUGUAACUAUAAUAUCAAGGAUUUUGUAG